AUGGUGGUGAAGGGUUUUUUUUUACCGGGACAAUACUUAAAUAUCGUUCUGAUAAGUGCAAUCUUUUCGCCUCAUUUACUACUGCCCGGAUCCGAUGGUUAUGAUGAAAGUCCCAGUUUUGUCUUGCAUUCGGAAGGAGGCGACAGACGAAAGAGUGUCUUGCGAUCAAAAGAACGUGACGCUUUGAAACGGAAAAUCGAACAGCGUCCCUCCAAGCAAAAGCUUGUCACACAACACAUCUUACUUACUGCGUCUAAUACGGAUCCAUCUAUUCAGCGGAAGGCAGAGGAGUUGAAACGCUGUAAGCUGAAAGACGACUUGAACAAAAAAUUGCAGCAUCGACCUGGUCCACUCGAGCUGAUCACGAAGAAAAUUUUACAAGCUGAUGCAGAGUUGGAGCAAGCAAUACAAGAGGGCCGCUUAUUGUUCACUAAAACUACCCAAAGAAAAGGGGGUGAAAACGAAGAGAAGCAAUCGGAAAUGGAGGUAAUAUCCGCAACACCGGCAUGUGUUUAUCAGAGAAAACUACCAAAUGUUUGUUUGGCCAAAUCAAAGGUUCGUAAAAAAGGUUCACAGUAUCGAACACCAUAUGACCAAACACUAUUAUCACCGAAUGCUCGAUCGAAAUUGAAAUUACAAGAUUCUGCUACUACAGAUUAUCAGAGUGCGGAAACUAUAAAUGAUGCACUGAUGACUCAUGGUGUCUCUUACGUUAGCGAUAAUGCGUCAUUGUUAAGUGUAGGCGAACAGAAUGAAAAUACGCGUGAAUUGCAAAGUAGCUACGAUCUUUUACUUCAACAACAACAGUUGUUUUUACAAUGGCAGCGUGAGGUUGAAGAGUCUCGAGCCCUCGGCACUUCACAGGAAGAGGAAGGACGACAUUGUCUAGAUGAAUGUGUUACAUCGAGCGCAACAUCACCGUGUAUGGCAACAUCCGCGCAAAGUUCGUUAGUUGGUUCGGAUUGCGUUCAGAAUGGAGUGCAGUCUGUUAUAUCCGAACAAAUACAAGAAACUCAGCAGUGUUGUCAGUGUUCCAGUGCGAAUUUUAAUUAUUCAGGGAUAUCAUCCGGAACCAUUAAUUCUGUGAGUGAUAAUGAAAAGCCAAGAACCCGUCUUGCAGACUAUCGAGUGCAAGAUCUCAAAAAUGAAUGCAAAAAACGUCAGUUGCCUGUUUCCGGUGCAAAGCCGCAACUAUUGGAACGAUUAAGACCAUACGAGGAAUCGAUUUUGAAUCACUGCGGUGGAACUACAUUAACGGAUUCAUCAUCCGAUUUGAUUUCCGUCUCGCCUCCAGCUCCUGAUGUGGCAACACAGUCGAAUCGGUUACCUCCUAUCAGCAAUGUUAUUAGUGACUAUGGUCAUAAACAUUCUAUUUCAUCUUUGGUACAGCGGACUCAGUCAGCGCAACAGCACUCUCUUGUCGUACAGUUGCCUCCAGCACAACAUCAGCAUCAAGUUUUGCAUCUUGUGGAUGCCAAUGGCGCAGUUGUUGCAACAGCAACGGUACCACACAGUGUGCAAUGUUGUUGCAUGUCAUCGGAAUAUCCGCUCACUACUAACAUCACCUUGAACGGUACCACAACUCAAUCUACCGGUGUUCGAUUACACCAGCAACUUUCAGCUACUACAGAAGUAACACAAAAUGUAGUGCAGCAAAUGCAAACAGAACCUACUUUUAGUUUUGCACAGCUUGGUUCAGGUGGACAAUUUACGUUAGUGCGAACAUCUUCUGUUGAACAGCUGCAACAACAAUCUCCUCACGUUAUGCAUUCAUCUCAAGCUGGACAGCAUCAUCAUCAACAGCAGCAAACUCAGCUGAUACAGGGCACAAUGCCAGCGAAUCCAGUUCUCAGUUGUCAUUUAUCGCGAUCCAGCAGUUCACCAGAUCAGCGUCUGACGGGCGCAUCGCAUCAAAUAACUGGAACAUCGCGUAGCACUCAGCAGCAGCAGACGCAAGCACAGAUUCAGCAUGCCGGAACUGGAACAGCUACAUGUUCUGGUGUAAAGCAACAAAACUGUCAUAGCCAGUUCAUUAUAUGUAAUAACGUUACGCGGCAUAAUUCAAAGGAUGAAACAGUAGUAUCACAAAAUGCACUCUGUCCACCGCUACAAUCUGCACAGCCACAUUGUUCUCCCAUUAUGGCCGAUUCGGCAAGUGGUAGUUCACCGGACAUUCCAUCGCCACCAAAUAAUGCUGAAAAAGUAGCCGUGAAGAAGUAUCCUGCACAUAUUGAUCCAAGUGACACAAGUGCCUUGCUGUCUGCAACGACAUUAUCCAUUCAUGAGGAAAUGUUGCGAUUUCAGCAACGGAAAAUUGAAGAAUUACAGAAGGAGCUGCAUCGGUCACAGCAACAGUUAAAACAUCAACAGCAAGUAAUUCUUGCUGCUAAAAAAGCACAGCAAGCGAAAAGGCAGGAAGACGGUCACUUGGAAGGCAGUCAACAACAGUCUGAAGCAGAUCUGUGGCUUAAUCAACUGGAUAUCAAACAUUUGAAUAAAUUCCAUAUACAACUUUUCUUGCAGCACAAACUCCAGCAACAGCAGAUGCAGGCUCAAAUAACAGAACAGCAAAAUUUGGCUUCAACGGAAGAGAAACUACAAGAAGAACUUCAUGUUGAACAAGCAGUUCAAGAUAUCGUGCGUUUGAUCAAGCAGGAUGCGCGCACUGCACUUCUUAUUGUGCAGUUACUGAGACGUUAUCAGCUUGAAAGAAGUCAUGCUGUAGCUGCAGCGGCGCAGAUCACUGAGGAUCAGAGUUGUGAAACAGAAGUACAGCACAGUGGCAAGGUAGAUUCGAAUACUGUUGAACCAGUAGCAGUUGUCACUUCACAACAUCAGUGUGCUUCAUUGACGGAUAUAACGAUGGAAUCAGUUCAAAAUACACCGCAGCAGAAAGCCGGUCUCAUUAUUAUCAGUGAAGAUGAACUACAACGAUAUGUACCAACAAGCACUCCUCAUCCGAAACCUAAAAGUCGGAAGAAGAAUAAUGUUAGCAGGCAAGUCCUCCAACAUGAUCUUCUCUUAUGAGCGAAGACUGAUAAUGCAGAUCCACAGGAGAAAAUAUCCGCUAAUGUGGAUAUGGAGGAGAUUUUCAAGCAGGUAAUGGAGAAUGCCUCCAAAGCUUUAAUGGAAAGUGAUGCCAAAAAACGGUCAAAAACAAAUGUGGUAUCUUCGCCAUCUUAUUUUUCCGAAGAAUUCCAAAUCCAGAAAGCAACAUCUAGUCCUCUUCGGCAACAAGAAAAAGAUAGUUGCCGGAUGGAAGGCAAUAGCGGCAGCAAUCCUACUGCUUUGCCAAGUUGUGACCAGCUGAUACAACCUUAUGUCGCCAAAACGCCACGGGCUUCAACGCCUUGCAGCGCGAAACAGAGGAUGGAAACUGAUAUGACUAAUAUUUGUUUUAAAGAACAUGUUGAAAUAUUCAAAGAAGGAGCUGUUGAUGCCCUGCAAACUUUCCAAUAUUCGAAAAACCAGGCCUUCGAUGACCUAAUGGAUGUUUUGCGUGAUGACCAAGCAGGAAUUGAUGAUUUGAAAUCAAAUAAUCUCGAUUUUGGCACAGGAACAGUUUAUGGAUCAGAUGAGCUGGUAACAUUAUUAGGUGAUGAUUGGUUCCAGCAAGAUUGUGCAAUACCAGCAACACCGCCGGGUGUUAUUAAUGAAAAAACGGACAACCUAGACGAGCGGACAUCAAACCAGAAUGAUCCAUUAAUAGUUUCUUUUGAUCAUAACCAAGCUGUAGAUCAAAACAUUGGUAUGGAUUGGCUGGAUAUGAUGUUACCUUCACCAUCUCCGGAUAUGAACAGCAGUGGGGUCGAUUCUAUCCAGUGA